AUGGCUGCCACCAAAGCUAUCCUCAUCACCGGUGCCACGGGAAAGCAGGGCGGUUGCGUCUUGAACCAGCUCGCAAGCCACUCUACUGCUUCCCAGUUCACGCUCCUUGCUGUCACCCGCAAUGCAGAUAGCCCCUUGGCUAAACGUAUCGUAGAGCGCCAUCCUCAGGUUCUGCUCGUGCAAGGAGAUUUAAACGACGUCCCGGGCCUCUUUGAUUCCGCCAAGUCCACACUGAAAGAAGCCGGAAAGCCAGAGCAGAUCUGGGGGGUCUACUCGGUCCAGAUCUCAAUGGGCCCUGGCGUGACUACAGAAUUCGAAGUCAAGCAGGGAUCGGACUUGAUCGAUGAGUCUAUUAAGGAACGUGUCACACACUUCGUCUACUCUAGUGUAGACCGAGGCGGUAACGAUAAGAGCUUCAAUAACCCCACGCCAAUCCCGCAUUUCCAGACCAAGGAGGAGAUUGAGCAGCACCUGCUCAAGGCAGCUGGCAAGAAUGGCGAGAAAAUGGGCUGGACGAUAUUAAGGCCUGUCGCAUUCAUGGACAACCUCGAACCUGGGAUGAAGUCCAAGGUCUUCCUUACUGCUAUGAGAGAUACUCUCAAGGGCAAUUCUAAUCAAUGGGUCUCGGUCGAAGAUAUAGGUCUCUUCGGCGCGAAGUCGUUCAGGGAGCCUGAAAAAUGGAACGCUCGUGCUGAGGGCCUUGCAGGCAGCGAGCUCACCAUGGAAGAGAUGGAAGGAUGCUUCGAGAGGGCCAUCGGAAAGCCUAAUGGGUAUGCCUUCAGCUUCAUGGGCUCAGCGCUCAUGUGGGCUGUCACUGAGGUCAACAUCAUGAUCAACUGGUUCGCCGAUGAGGGCUACGGUGUGGAUGUCGCCAAACUGAGGAAGGAGGAGCCGCAAUUGUGCGAUUUUGAGAGGUGGCUGAAGGAGAGGAGCGGAUGGAAGGAUCAGGCCAUCAAAAAUUAG